AUGUCCCUCUUCGAAAUCGCAAGCUCACCGCAAACCAGCACCUUCUCGCCCGAAGGCCGUCUCUUCCAAGUCGAAUAUUCUUUAGAAGCCAUCAAGCUCGGUUCAACAGCGAUAGGCGUGGCAACCGGUGAAGGUGUGAUCCUAGGUGUAGAGAAGCGCGUAACCUCCACCCUCCUCGAGACCUCGUCCGUCGAGAAGAUUGUAGAGAUCGACCGUCACAUUGGCUGCGCUAUGUCCGGCCUGCAGGCCGACGCCCGGAGCAUGAUCGAGCACGCACGAGUCGAGAGUCAGAACCAUGCUUUCAAUUACGCCGAACCGUUGAGGGUGGAGAGCUGCACGCAGGCGAUAUGCGAUCUGGCGCUGAGGUUCGGUGAGGGUGCAGAUGGCGAGGAGAGCAUUAUGAGUCGGCCGUUCGGUGUAGCGCUGUUGAUCGCAGGAUACGACGAGGACGGACCCAGCCUAUACCACGCUGAGCCCUCCGGUACCUUCUACCGCUACGACGCGAAAGCUAUCGGUUCCGGUUCUGAGGGCGCGCAAGCCGAGCUGCAGAACGAGUUCCACAAGUCGCUUACCCUUUCCGAAGCAGAAGUCAUGGUGCUCAAGACGCUGAAGCAAGUCAUGGAGGAGAAGCUGGACAGCAAGAACGUGCAGUUGGCGAGCGUGACGAAGGAGAAGGGAUUCAGGAUCUACACGGAUACAGAGAUGGAGGAGGUCGUCGGAAGGCUGCCCACGAAUUAG